CUGAUUGGUCGACAAGUUGAUCGUUUAACUGACUGCCUGAAUAAAUGGCAGACAAACACCCACACAUUGACUAAAUAAAGGCGGGAUAAAAUAAUUCGAAUCAGUCAGUCAGCAUUUAUAAUACAUACAUUUGUACAUAGAAAUACUAGCAUACUACAAAAGUAUAUAAAUUUCAAGAAAACGCAUAUACUUUAAUACACAGUGUGUAAUAAUUGUCUUAUAAUAAUCAUUGAUUUGAUUUGAUUGACAGUUUCCAAUGGCAACCUGUUCAUUAAAACAAAGGAUUACCUCAUUGAAUACUGAAUAUAAUACAUAUAUAUAUUGAGCAUUGAACAGAGUGGAGCUUGAACGUUACAUUGUGUCGACAUUAUACACUGGAAUAUAUUUGGUUCACCAUGAAUACAUGAGUGAAUGAUUACAUCACACAGUAUUAUAUACUGUUAUUACUACUACGACUAAUAAUAAUAAAAAAAAUAAAACUUAUUUAAAAAUGCAUACUGAUAUAAAUAUUCUAAAUCAAUCGAAUACACCAAAUUUAACGUCAUUAAUUGUUCGUGAACGUUUAAAAAAUUGUGUAUUAAAUAAGCGUAAAAGUAAAGAACAAGGUAUUGGAGUGGUGAACACGCUAUCAAAUCAUCAACAAGAAAGUCAAAUACAAACAGUUAAAUGUAAAAAUAAUAAUGCCAACAAUACUACUACUGAUAAAGAUAUUCAGUAUAAUAAUAAUAAUGAUAAUAAUAAUAAGAUAUCAGAUUUAAAUUUUAACGAAAAUAAUCUGGAGAAAAUAGAACACAGUAAUCUAAAUGAUUGUAUUACUCCAUUGACAAUCGAUAUUGGAAGGUUAUCCACUGGGAGUAGUACCAAUGUAACUAAUCCGAUGAAAUCUACAUUAUCCCAAUGUAAUAAUAAUAGUAGUAAUAAUAGUAGUAGUAUUGACGAUAAUAAUGAUACUAAUAAUGCGAUAAGUAUUACUAAUAGUAAUAGUAAUAAUAAUAAUAGUGGUAGUAGUCAGACAGCUCAACAAGUGUUCGGCUCAUUUCAAGAAAAUGAAGCACACUACAUAAAUUUUCAAAGUUUACAAACAUCAAUUCUAGGAAGUGGUAUUUGUGGAAAUUUAAUUGGACAAACUGACAAUACUACUCCGCCUCUACGACAUCCUCAUCUCAGCCAGCAUCCACAACAACAUCCACUUCGACAGCAAUCCCAACAAAGAACAACAAGUAGUGAAAAUCUGCGUAAAACUGUAUCUGAGCCAAGUUUAAAAAUGCGUAGCGGUUCCGGCGGUGUACAAAAGUAUCGUUAUAAACCAGAUCGUCGACAUUUUGGUGCAAAUUCAGCAACAGCUGCUGUCGCGGCAGCAGCAAUGGUUGCCUCGAAUGAUCCAUUAUCUGUGGUCGGAUUUUGGCCUCAAUUGACGUCAGCAUUUCAACAUGCUAAUUUCAGUAUGCAAAAGUCUACUGGGAAAAAAUCCGCCUCAUCGUCAUUAUUGUUAUUACAACAACAACAACAACAACAGAACCAAUAUCAACAACAGCAGCAACAACAACAAGGUCAUGCUCAAAGUCAACUGCAACAACACCAACACCAACGCCAACAUCAACGCCAAGAUACCAGUAGUAAUCCAUGUUUAAGCCAGACAAAUGAUGACUUGAAUCUAUCGGAAUCUGAAGCCCAGUGUCUGACUCAACCAUUAUUACCAUUGUCAAAAACCCUACAAGAUAUUAUACUGGCUGAAUUUCUUAAAUCAAAUCAGUUAAGUGGUCAGAAUAAUUCUACUUCUACUACAAAUACUACUACUAAUACUACUAAUAACCAAGAAUUAUUAGAAACGAUCAAUUCUUAUUGUCCUAAUCCACAAGGCAUUGAAUCAAUUAACUCGCUGAAUGAUAUCCCUAUGAAUCCGUGUAUAUUCAAUUCGACAAUAAGUGGAUCUUGUGCAAGUCUACCGAAUUUAACAGCACAAUUUCAACGAUCGAAUCAAAAGAGCGCUAAUACUCAUAAUAAUAGUAAUACUAAUCCAAAUACGAAUAAUAAUAAUAAUAAUACAACGACACCGACAACCUUACCAACAAAUAAAUCAACGCCUACAACUCAUAAUGUCACUGGAUCAAGUUUCGAUUCGAAUGAUUUGAGUCAGUUAGACACAACUAUGUCGGAUGUCAACAAUUCGACGGAUAUUCAAGAAGAAUCGAAUGUUGAAUUAAAUUAUAAUGCACAAAUGCAUACAGCGACAACACCACCAACAACAACAACGAAUAACAAUAAUAAUAAUAAAUUGUUUCAUUUAUUCCCAUACCGUCGACAUCAAUCGCUUGGAUUAAUUAGUCGAACAAGAUCUGCUCCGUUGAGUUUAGCUACCGGGUACUCAACAAAUCGGCACUACCAUCAAUUACACAAUUUCACCGGAGUACACAAUUCAAUGAAUUCAUCAACUUCAGUUACAUCAGCAGCGAAUAUUCUGGCUAUGGAAGCGGCAGCAGCCUCAAAUUUCGCCAGUCAACAACAAAUAUCAAAUACAUCAAAUCAAUUAAUUACGGAGCAAGAUCUAUCAGAGUUGAAUAAAAAUGUUCAAUCCGAUGGAGAGGUGUCAUCAAGGAGUAAAGUUGUCUUACAGUUACGUAAAAAAAUAUUAGAAAGAUCAGAAUUUUUAACAUCAGAUCGUUCAGGCGCAAGCAGUUUAGAUUCAACUUCAUCUUUGUCUAGAACGUUGAAUCAAUCAAAUGGUCGUGGAAAUCCCCUACUAGAAAGAACAGCAUCCAGUCCUGUCGUGAAUAUGGCACCAACUUUAAGACCUGAAACUGUACCUGAGGCAACAUUCACAACAGUUUUAGCCUACGAUUUAGGCAUGCUUGCACAUCAUUGUACCUGUCAGACAGACGCUAAUCAUCCAGAGAAUCCACAACGGCUAAUUUCUAUUUGGCAAAGACUUCAACAAACUGGUUUAGCUGCUCAAUGUCAUCAUCAACCAGGAAGGCUACUAUUCGGAAGUAAUCCAGCCAGUAGAUGUCGAAUUGAUCCAACACUUUUAGCUACUGUACGUCUGUGUAGAUUAGCCUGUGGUGGUGUUGGUGUCGACUCGGAUACUGCUUGGCAUACAGCUGGUCAUACAGCGCAUGCAGCUCGGCUAGCAGCUGGCUGUGUUGUUGACUUGGCCUGUCGUGUUAUGCUAGGUCAGUGUCCUAAUGGUUUCGCUUUGGUACGACCACCAGGACAUCAUGCAGAACCUGGUCAAGCCAUGGGAUUUUGUUAUUUUAAUUCAAUAGCAAUAGCAACUAAAAGAGUUCAAUUCCUUGGAUCAACAACACUUAAACCAACAUUGAAACCAAGAAUUCUUAUCGUCGAUUGGGAUAUUCAUCAUGGUAAUGGGACACAAACAGUCUUCUAUACUGAUCCAACUGUACUGUAUAUAUCAUUGCAUAGACAUGAUGAAGGUGGAUUCUUUCCUGGUACUGGAUCACCUGAAGAAAUUGGUGCUGGUCCUGGUGAAGGAUUUACAAUCAAUAUUGCUUGGCCAUCCGGCAUAGUAAUGUCUGACGCUGAAUACCUAGCAGCAUUUCGUUUAAUUGUCCUACCUGUUGCCUGUGAAUUUCAACCAAGUCUUGUCUUGGUGUCAGCUGGAUUUGAUGCAGCGCCUGGACAUUCAGCUAAUCUUGGCGGUUAUUCUGUUAGUCCAGCAGCUUUUGGUUGGAUGACACGAUUGUUGUCUGUUGAUCGAAUAGCUAAUUCUAAAGUGGUUCUAUCUUUAGAAGGUGGUUAUGAUUUGAAUAGUCUUUGCGACUGUACAGAGGCUUGUGUUCGAGCCCUGUUACAGUCAGCUGCAGAAAUCAAUGAAAAGAAUUCUGUACCGAUUAGUGUUCCUGAUCUACUUCCAUUGAAGCAGACAGAAAUGGAUCGUGUACCACAUCCUGCAGCUAUACAAACUUUAUUAAGGGUAGCACAUUUACAUUCAUCUUACUGGAAUUGUUUCUCUAAAGAAAUUACGACGGAAUAUGCAUCGUUACCAGCGAGUAGAUGGUUACCGACAGUAUUUGAAAAUUCAUCGAAACUGAAAGAUUAUGCGAUUCAACAACAACAACAGGAGAUCAUACAUCCUUAG